CAUUUUCUUAUUUGAUUUGAACAAGCAUGGGAUCUUUAGCCGGUCUUGUCAAUUACUCUGAUGACGAAGAUUCAUCUUCUGGCGAUGAACAAGGUGACUUAAUGAAGCAGAAAUAAAGUUCCUGUGGUAUUAAUCUAUUCCCUUCUUAGUUUACGAAAUUCUCAAAAAGAACGUCGAAAGAAAACCACCACCCAAAGACAUAACAACAUAUAAAGCUAAAGAACAUACGUCGGCACUUCCUAAUAAAUUAUCAGCAGCCAUUGCAGCGGCCAUUCCUAGCAUCGUAAAAGCACCCAUAGUCAAUGAAAGCAUGAACGAACAUCACAGAAGAUUAAUGGCAGCAUUGGCACCAAAACCUAUAGAAGGAGUUGAUAAUUGGGGUAUACCUGAUGAACCAGCUGCACCUUGUGAUCCUGACAGAGCAGAAAGAAUAGCGCACUUCCUUUCGUUGAGGGCAUCUGGUCAUAGAUUGAACAACCAUCUCCAACACAACAAGGCGUUCAGAAACCCACGAAUUUAUGCUCGUCUAGUAGACUUUGUAGAAGUGGAUGAAUUUGGCAGUAACUUUGAUAAGAACGAUUUUGAUCCCAAUGGAUUUUCAAAAGAAUUGUAUAUAGACGGUAUUUUAGAAACACAAAAGAAGCAAGCUGAAGAGAAAGUGGCGGCACAACAAAAUAGAACUUCACUUAACUUUGUCCCUACGCAACAACCAGAAUUAUCACAACAGCAAAAUUCUGCUAUGGCUCAAGCUAUGGCUACUGCGGCAAAGGUUGCUAGUCGAAUUGCUAAACCACCGAUACAAGCAGAAAAGAGAAAAUAUUUAAGUGACGAAGACACGCGAGAUACCAAACGUCGAUAGUUUUCGGAGAUCCCUUUUUUUUUUGAUGUUUUAUUGAGUCAUAAGCAUUUGACUGGUUGAAAAUAAACUUGUACAUUUUACUCUCACUUUUUUCUUCUUCUUGAUCGCUUCCUUUUUACGUUGUCUAAUAUGCGCUUUAUCUUAAAUCAGUACUCUUCAUUACUCCAUGGUAAAACUGGGGCUUUUUUUAUGACGAAAAUGUUGUACAACACGGGUUUGUUACGAAAAACAACUACGCUGCCAAAUAAAGUAGGACUUCAGCUAUCAAGGGAUCGCGAUGGUAAUGACGAUGGCUUUGAUCUUGUCUUCUGACUAACAUGC